CAGCACACCCUGCACCUUUGCGCUGACAAAGCAGCCUGUGCACGUUGCACUCAGUCCCCCUGAUUGUUUGUGACCGCGGCACAACACUGCAUUUGUCGUCUCUGGAUUCUGCGUCCACGACAAAUGCAGAGGAAUGAGCUUGGCACAGCGCCCACUGCAGUCUGCACAUCACACUCCUAAAAUCACGCCUCGCUGGCUUCCCCUCUAAUUGGUUCCCACACAAGCAACCGUGGAGAGUUCACCUGAUUUAAUUGGACUACCGCGACAAGUUGCUCAAGUGACGUCGGUGCAGCCGGUUGACUGCUUCCAAUUGUCACCGGAGGGAACAUCUGAGGAUUUUUCGCGCGAUCCUAAUUGAGGAGAAAAGAAAGGGACUGCAGCAGCAGCAGCAGCCACCGACGGACGAAGCUGCCCAGCAGGCCGAGAAGACAGGAGAGCCACGGAGCACAGGCAUCCACAGCCCCGUGGAUGGAUGCAGGACAGGAGGGAUCAGAGCUCCUCGGCAUGGACCACAUAUACCAACCAGAGAUUUAGUGUCAGUAACGCCUGAUCUUCAGCUUGGUUUUGAGCUCCUAGUUGACCAGAAAAGCAGGGACUGACUUUUUACGCGUGGAUAUAAACUCUGGAAUAAGCUGUUUUCCUCUCCAGUAAAGGUAGUGCUGGAAGCAAAAGCUGCUCCAUCGUUAUUCUUGGCAUCGACUGACGCGCUGAGACCAUCAGCACUGUAACAUUUUUGUUAUUUUUUUGCGCAAGUGGCAAGCGGUGCGCCCCUGCGUUUGGAUCCAAUGGGUUGUACGGUGAGCGCCGAGGAUAAAGCUGCCGCGGAGAGAUCAAAGAUGAUUGACAAAAACCUCCGAGAGGACGGAGAGAAGGCAGCCAGAGAAGUGAAAUUGCUUUUAUUAGGUGCUGGAGAGUCUGGGAAGAGCACCAUUGUAAAGCAGAUGAAGAUCAUCCAUGAAGAUGGCUACUCGGAAGAUGAGUGUAAGCAGUACCGAGCAGUGGUUUAUAGCAAUACCAUCCAGUCUAUUAUGGCCAUUGUGAAAGCCAUGGCCAGUCUCAAGAUAGACUACUGCAGCCCUGCCAGAGCGGACGACGCCCAGCAGCUCUUCGCUCUGUCCGCAGCUGCCGAGGAACAGGGCAUCCUUCCUGACGACUUGGCCAACGUGAUCAGGCGAUUGUGGGCUGACAGCGGCAUACAGAGUUGCUUUGCAAGGUCACGAGAAUACCAGCUCAACGACUCCGCAGCAUAUUACCUGAAUGACCUGGAGAGGAUAGCUAAAGCAGAUUACAUCCCCACCCAGCAGGACGUGCUACGAACUCGCGUGAAGACUACCGGCAUUGUUGAGACUCACUUCACUUUCAAGGAACUGCACUUCAAAAUGUUUGAUGUGGGAGGCCAACGCUCAGAGAGAAAGAAGUGGAUUCACUGUUUUGAAGGAGUAACAGCCAUUAUCUUUUGUGUUGCGCUGAGUGCUUAUGACCUGGUGCUGGCUGAGGAUGAGGAAAUGAACCGAAUGCAUGAGAGCAUGAAGCUUUUUGACUCCAUCUGCAACAACAAAUGGUUCACCGAAACCUCCAUCAUCCUCUUCCUCAACAAGAAGGAUCUCUUUGAGGAGAAGAUCACUCGCAGCCCCCUCACCAUCUGCUUUCCUGAAUACACAGGAGCCAAUAAGUUUGAUGAAGCUGCCAGUUAUAUCCAGACCAAAUUUGAAGACCUUAACAAGAAAAAGGACACCAAGGAGAUCUACACCCACUUCACGUGUGCCACUGACACCAAGAACGUGCAGUUUGUCUUUGACGCCGUCACUGACGUUAUUAUAAAGAACAAUCUGAAAGACUGUGGUCUUUUCUAAAGGACAAUGCCUGACGCACACAGACUGCAUGAGAGACUGCAAUAGCCAUGUGACGAUUACUGCUUUUCAUAAUGAAAACCAUAACGGACUUGAUUCCGAGAGGGGGAACCUGAAGAAUUUCAACAAUCGCUGAGUUGCAACCAUCGCAUUCUCUGUUUAAUCUGUUCCUGUUAUUUUUAUAUAUAUUUCUAACUGCUCGUUAUCAGGGGUUCUUAUACUAUUCAUAUGGAGUACCUGCAAACGCAUAUUUAACCGAGGAUCCACCGAUUCUUCACAAUCUAACAAUCACAGCAUUAUCCAUCUGCCUGAGAAAACGGCUGUUUUUUAAUCAGAUUUGUCACAUAAAUUAUACUAACCAGCUGGCUUUAGGGGAAAAUAAUUGUUUGAGGAGCAACACUUGGAAUAAGAAAAGCCCAUCAUGUCAUCAUGCCGCAUGGCAAAUGGAAAUACCAAAAUUGAAGGAUUUUUCAUUCUUAAUGGAUCUUCAUGGAGCAGUCUGAGAACCGCUUGUUUAAAUGGUAUUUAUUUGAUUUGUCCAGUCUUUUUUUUGUAUUCGGAUCUCCUUUUGAGUUUUGUAGGCUUUCAUUUUACUUGCUUUUUUGCUUUGGAAGCUUAAUAAGAGGAUACAGUAGACUAAUAAAACAACUUUUUAUAAAAAUCAUUAACUUAUGUUAACUGGCAUUUUAUGAACCUUUUGACUGCACAGAGCUUAUUUUUAGAAGAAAACAAACAAGCAUGGAGAAUGAAAAUGGAUGAAGGGAAAAUGUUUUUGUACAAUGUUUACACAGAAUCAAUAUUCACACUUGUACUAUAGUGCAUUGUUCUGCAUGACUGUCCAUAGAUUAGCCUGUAUCCCUCCCACAAACUGAAUAACAUUCCUUAAGUAACUUCUUUAAAGAAACAAAACUGAAAUUGUUAUGUGUCACUUUUAAGAUAUCUGCAAGAUUUUUAAGUGGUAAUGUCUGUUCCUAACAUGGAUUGUUCUGUACUGUCUGUUUCAUUCCAAGUCUUUUUACAUAUGUUUGUGCCUUGAUAUCUGUUUACACUUGUUCUUUAGAGACAUGCUUUCUUCAUAGUGUGAAUUAGGGCUAUUUCUACUCUACUUCUGUUCACAUAAUCCAUGAUUGAAGACACACCACAACACCAAGACAAAUGGAUGAUAGUUGUUCAUUAAUAUGAAGAUUAAAGUCAUUCACUUGAUGAUAAAUGUAAAUAAAAGUUUGGUCACAUGA